ACACCGGUCGCGUCAGUCGUCUGUCCGUGGCGGUUGCUCGCAGUCGCAUUCCUCGCACUAGCCGGCUGAUGUGAUUAAUUCACAAUGAGUUUGAGUCAGUACACUUACCGCUUGUUCAUGGUAAAUGCUCUUACAUUGUAUUACGGUAUUUUAGCGCUUGGAAUUAUCGCACUUAGUUAUAUUAAGAACCCUUUUUCGGGUCCUUGGAAGCAGAAGUUGAGAUUGGAACCACCAGCUCCACUGACAGAUCCUAAGUAUGGAGUGCACAAAUAUUUAAAAGUCAAUAAUACAAAGUUACACUAUGUAGAGAGCGGAGACCCGUCGAAGCCACUUAUGGUCUUCCUUCAUGGAUUUCCAGAAUUUUGGUAUUCAUGGCGACACCAAAUAGUCGAGUUCAAUAAAAAUUAUUGGUGCAUUGCCGUUGACUUAAGAGGGUAUGGAGACUCAGAGAGGCCGGAAGGUGUAUCCUCGUAUAAAAUCGAAUUACUGGUUGAGGAUGUACGCGAUCUUAUUCGACAAUUGGGACGCGAGAAAUGUAUACUAAUCUCGCAUGAUUGGGGCGGUCUUAUUGCGAACAGAUUCCGGAAUGUCCAUCCAGAUGCUGUGAUUGCUCUCAUUAUGCUGGGCAGCACGUCCAGGGAAGCCUGGGGAUAUGAGAUUUGGAACAACCCUGAGCAAAGGAAAAUGUCUUGGUACGUGUUCUUCUACCGUCUACCAGUUCUGCCAGAAUUGCUCCUGUUGUUAGACGACCUAGGUAUAUACGACAGCCUUAUGAGAGUACCUGGCUCUAAUACUACCGACAAACAAGAUAUCGAAUGCUACAAGUAUUGGUUUGGAAAACCUUCUGCUCUGACACCUCCAAUUAAUUACUACCGGGCGAACUUCGGUAUCGUCCCAAAUGAAUCGUAUCGGAAAGAGAAUGUCCCAAUGCUGGUAGUCCACGCCGCCAAAGAUCCAUUCAUCAGUGCCAAUGUGCUAGAAAUUAUGAAGAAGCAGUACCAACAUAUCGAAACAACUAUUUUAGAGGAUGUUGGUCACUUUUUACAACAAGAAAAUCCAGCAAUUGUCAAUAAAACCAUACGAGAUUUUUUGGCGAAAAAUAAUAUUUAAUAAAGUAUACAUAUUGUUAACUUUAGUCACAUCUUUUCUGUAUGCUUUAUGAUAAACAAAUAUUUUAAUGUUUUAUGAUGUAGAAAUAUUGUAUGCACUUUUAAGCAAUUUUAUUUUGAGAAAAAAUACUUUCGUUCCUUCAUUCUAUAAAGUCAUCAUCGUAACCAUUGAAUGGUUAAUAUUUCUACGUGUAACGUGUAAAUUUUAGUUGAAAAAUAAAGUCAAUGCCCAAAAAAAAAAA